UUUGUUACUUUGAUCAUGAGGUAUAGCAUUGAGAUGCUUGUGAGACGAGUUAUAGCGACACUUCAACACCCGAUUCCUUCUAGCUUCCAUGUUCUUCCUCGUUUUUGUUCCUCUUCUGCAUCGCCUAGUUCCAAGCUGUUCGUUGGAGGAUUGUCUUACUCGGUGGACGAACAAUCUCUCAAAGACGCUUUCUCUUCCUUCGGGUAUAUCGAAGAAGUUAGGAUUGCUUACGACAAGGGAAGUGGGAGAUCAAGAGGGUUCGGUUUUGUCGAUUUUGUUGAGAAAGACGAUGCUCUGUCUGCAAAACACGCCAUGGAUGGAAAGGGAUUAUUGGGUCGGCCAUUGAGGAUAGGUUUUGCACUUGAGAGGGUGCGUGGUGGUCCUGUGGUUGUUCAACGUUUUGGGAAACCCAAGAGCGACAGAGAGAAGGUCUUCAAGUGAUGGUCUGCAACUGCAUCAUCUUCAUAAGAUGAUCUUCAAUGUUUCAUGACUCUCAAACCAAAUGACAAUAGUCGGAAUUGUUUGUAUACGCUCAUUGUCGGCUCUUUGGUUUAGUUUUGUGGUAUCAAAAUUAGCAGUGUGAAAAGACUUUGACGUUAAUAUGAGUAUGAUUAU